AUGGAUAGUGAACGGGGCCAAAGCAAGCUCACCCAGUCGAUAAUCGCCGCAUGCGCAAUCUUUCUUGUGAUAUACCCGUGUCAACAAUAUUCUGCCUUAGCCCACCCUUCUCCCUUUGGUACUUCGGUUCAAACCAGCACUGGACUGAUAAUUGGCCACGUUGACUCCAAAUUCCCCGAUGUAUUGGAGUAUCUAGGCAUUCCAUUUGCGUCACCACCAACGGGCGAACUGCGAUUCGCAGCACCCGUGUCAUUUGAGUCCAAGGGUACUGUUCAAGCCAAUGAUUAUGGCCCCAAUUGCCCGGCCAGUAACGCCUCACUUCCUCCAUAUCCUGGAAUGACUCCUCAAGCACCCAAGAUUCUUAGUGCAUUUUUGCAACAACCUGGCUUGCAAAGUGAAGACUGCCUGUACCUCAAUAUUUGGACGAGACGUGAUCCAGUCAGGUUGAAACCGGUUCUAUUAUGGAUUCAUGGUGGACGAUUUAUCAUUACCGGCGCUGAGUCGGAAUACUAUGAUGGAAAAUUUCUGACCUCACGGCACGAUGUUCUGCUCGUUACGAUCAGCUACCGAUUAAAUAUCUUCGGCUUCUCAGGCGCUCCAAAGCUCCCCCAAAAUGUGGGCCUCCUCGAUCAACGCAUGGCAAUCGAAUGGGUCCACCGAAACAUCGCAGCAUUUGGCGGAGAUCCCGACCGCAUCACAAUAUUCGGGUCUUCGGCUGGCGGUACCUCUGUUGAUUUCUAUUCCUACGCAUGGGCGCAUGAUCCCCUCAUAAGCGGUCUCAUCUCCCACUCCGGAACAGCAUUGAGCUACAACCCCAAUACACUUGCACAAUCUGCACACGCUUUUCACAAUGUGUCUACGUCCUUGGGAUGCGGAGGUGAAGCCGAAGAUCAAGACCUGGUUCUAGGGUGUAUGCGCCAGAAAUCUUUCGAAGAUAUAUGGAACGUUUCUAAUAACGUUGCGAUGAUCUCAUCGGCCACGAUCCCCGAGCCAGUGUUUCAUCCCGUUGCGGACGAGAUAACGGUUUUUAGUGAUUAUAAUAAAAGAUCGGCUGAAGGAAAAUUUGCGCGAUUGCCAUACUUAGUAACAUGCAACAACAACGAAGCCGGUUUCUACCGUCUCGCCGCAUACGCAAGCCAGAUCGCUGUCAGCAAUAAAUUGUGGACCGAAUUCGAUCUUGCAGCAUUCACAUGCCCUAGCGGUCAAUCUGUAAGAGACCGAUGGACUCAUGGUGUCCCGACAUGGCAGGCUCGAUACUUCGGCGACUGGGACAACCUUCGUCUUUACCCUGGAAGCGGAACAUAUCAUGGAUCAGAUCUACCAAUGGUAUUCGGAACUGCAGAGAUAGUAAGCGAUAUCUCAGAUAGUGAAUCUGAAAAGGAGGUUUCAAGCUAUAUGGCUUCGGCCUGGGUCGCAUUUGCCAGCGACCCGCAAAAUGGGCUCGAGGAAUUUGGGUGGCCGCGGUAUAAUCCCCAUGAGAAAACAUUGGUUGGGCUGGCCUAUGGAAAUUCAACGUGUGCAGAGUUUUUUGAGCCGCGGCAGUUUGAGCGUGGAUGCGCUGCUUUGGAAGGGGAUGUGUUUCUCAGAGGUGGUGCUGUUUAG